AUGACUGUUGCGCCUAACUGGCGACACCCCCUCUCAGAACUUCGUACUUAUACAUUGGGACAUCGACGACCCCCUUUCAAUCCCCCGUACACUGAUUACAUUGUGUAUGAACAGCUAUGUCAUGAGUUUAUGAAUUGCCCCCAGGCGAGGGCUGCAUUUCUGCACGGGGGACUCAUAUGGCGGUUGGCUUUGCACAGCCUGGGUGUCGACCAUCUUCCAUCUGUCCUUGACUGUGGUCAGACUUACUAUGACGAUGGGUUGUUGUUGGAGGAAAUUGAUUUUAUGUGCAGAACAUACUACAUAGACCACCGUGAUGGCUCAGAGGUAGUUUCAUGGUGGCCUCAGCCCAACACUUGGAAUGUGUCAGGCUUGAACAUUGGUUUUUGGUCCGCUCGGUGGGAGGACUGGUUCCAAGUAUGUCUUGGCAACCUUCAAGAAGGGGUUUCCCGCAUGCGUCAUUCGCUCACCAAGGACACCAAUGGUCCAAUGACCUCCACGCAAUGGAAACGCUCCCUCAAAUUUCAACCUGCCACCAAUAAGAUCAUGCGCAACACUUCAGCAGCAUCUUAUGAUUUCAUGACAAAAAUACCAGUUUGGAGUCAGACAUAG